AUGGCUAGCUACCAAUACCUCAGCUAUGUAGAUCUCUACAAAAUCAACAACAUAAACUUGGAUCCCUUCACGGAAGUCUUUAAUGACAAAUUCUAUCUUAGGUACAUUUACAAAUGGCCCCACAUGAAUAUCGUCACGAAGGAGAUGGACGGUCAUAUAAGUGGCUACAUCAUAGGUAAAGAAGAAGGACUGGGACCCGACUACCACGGACACGUGACAGCUUUAUCCAUCGAGGAGGACAGUCGAAGAACGGGCAAAGGUGUAGACCUAAUGAAUGAAUUUGAAAAAAUAUCAAGAGGUAUUCACAUGGCUAACUUUGUUGACCUUUUUGUCAGAAUCACAAACGAGCCAGCUAUCAAUAUGUAUCGGAAGCUCGGUUACAUCGUUAACGAAGAGAUCGUGAACUACUACUGUGGGAAUGAAAGUGCUCUAGACAUGCGCAAGUACUUGGACGUGCGACCGGGCGCCUGCGUGAAGUGA